GCGAGGGGCGAGCUGGACUCGGAGGGCGACUGGAGUGGGACGCCUGCUUUGGGUUUGUCGCGGUGGCGCUCGCCUAUGUCAGCGGGUCUGUAAUUCAGGGCAUCCCUGCGGGACGGCUGAAAGCUGACGUGGUUCCAAAGACAGCAGAAAACUUCAGAGCUCUCUGUACUGGUGAAAAAGGAUUUGGGUAUAAAGGAUCCACUUUUCACAGAGUGAUUCCUUCAUUUAUGUGCCAGGGUGGUGACUUUACAAAUCAUAAUGGAACGGGUGGAAAAUCCAUCUAUGGCAGUCGAUUUCCAGAUGAAAAUUUCAUACUUAAGCACGUAGGACCUGGUGUUCUUUCAAUGGCCAACGCAGGACCCAAUACAAAUGGAUCGCAGUUCUUCAUUUGCACUGCAAAAACUGACUGGCUAGACGGAAAACACGUCGUUUUUGGGCAUGUAAAGGAAGGAAUGGAUGUUGUGAAAAAAAUUGAGAGCUACGGUUCCAAGAGUGGAAAGACCUCCAAAAAGAUUGUCAUUACUGACUGUGGCCAGCUGUCCUAGCCUUUAGCCCUACCACUCAGUACAACUUUGAUGCUGUGAAAAAUGAGUCAUUAAAAACCCCAGACAUUUCUGAUCCCAUGAAUACUGAAUAUAUGAAUACUGUGGAACCGUAUUUUCUAUUGAACUUGGUACAGCUUUUAUACUUAUGUUGAAUAAUAUUGAUUAAAA